AUGGUCCUUGCAAAGGAAAUUAUGGGUUCUUCAUUGAUAGUUUCUUCCUCAAAAGUGCUUCUGCACAAUAGUUUUCAACAGAAGCAGGGCCAGUACUUGUUCCACCCUAUCUUGGUUCCUUUGGGAAACAGACGAGUUAUGAGGUUGAGGAAGGCUGCGAGGUUUCCGGUGGCAGCUAUCGGCGAGGAUUUGGUAAAGGCCUCUAUGCAUGUAGAGAAACCAGUGCAAUUCAAGGUUAGAGCUGUAGUGACGGUGAGGAACAAGAUCAAAGAGAAUUUUAAAGAGACCAUUGCGAAGCAUUUGGAUUCCAUCACUGAUAGAAUAGGAAGAAGAAAUGUUGUGCUGGAGCUUAUCAGCACUGUGAUUGAUCCAAAAACUAAAGCUCCAAAGAAGAGCAACGAAGCAGAGCUGAAGGACUGGUCGAAGAAAUCCAAUGCUAAAGCAGAGAGAGUUAAAUACACGGCUGAUUUCGUUGUUGACUCGAAUUUUGGGUUUCCCGGAGCUAUUACUGUGACAAACAAAAACCAGAGAGAAUUCUUCUUGGAAAGCAUAACCAUCGAAGGCUUUGCCAGCGGAGCAGUUCAUUUCCCCUGCAACUCAUGGGUACGACCCACCAAGGAUCAUCCUGGAAAGAGGAUAUUCUUUUCUAACAAGCCAUAUUUACCUGGAGAUACACCUGCUGGGCUUAGAGUACUAAGGGAGAAAGAGCUGAUAAAUCUAAGGGGUGAUGGCAAAGGAGUUAGAACUUUAUCUGAUAGAAUAUAUGAUUUCGAUAAAUACAAUGAUCUGGGAAAUCCAGAUAAAGGAGUUGAACUUACACGACCAACUCUUGGUGGAUCCCAAAACCAUCCAUUCCCAAGACGCUGUCGCACUGGCCGCGCCCCCACUGAUACAGAUAUGUAUGCAGAGAGUCGUGUGGAGAAACCAGUGCCAAUGUACGUACCAAGGGACGAACAAUUCGAGGAGUCUAAGCAGAACACAUUCUCUAACAUGAGGCUCAAGGCAGUGCUCCACAACUUGAUCCCCGGUCUUAAGGCUAGUCUUUCCCCUGAUAAUCACGACUUCAACGUUUUUUCUGACGUUGAUGACCUUUACGGUGAAGGGAUGCUCAUGCAAGAGAAAAUCCCAUUGCCACAGGGACUUCUUCUUAAGUAUGACACCCCCAUGAUUAUUUCCAAGGACAAGUUUGCGUGGCUGCGAGACGACGAAUUUGCCCGGCAAGCAUUAGCAGGAAUCAACCCUGUUAACAUUGAGGGGCUUAAAGUUUUCCCACCGGUGAGCAAGCUUGACCCGGAAAUAUAUGGUCCCCAAGAUUCUGCACUUAAAGAAGAGCACAUUUUAGGACAACUUAAUGGCAUGACUGUGCGACAGGCAUUAGUGGAAAAUAAGCUGUUUAUGAUAAACUACCAUGAUGUCUAUCUUCCAUUUCUUGAUGGGAUCAAUGCCCUUGAUGGUAGAAAGUCGUAUGCUACACGGACCAUAUUUUUAUUGACACCACUUGGCACUCUCAAGCCUAUUGCUAUAGAACUUAGCCUCCCCCCUGGCGGUCCAAGUUCCCGAUCAAAACGCGUAGUUACCCCUCCCGUGGAUGCAACUACCAAUUGGAUGUGGCAGCUUGCCAAGGCUCAUGUUUGCGCCAAUGAUGCCGGCGUCCACCAACUUGUUAACCACUGGUUACGCACGCAUGCCUGCAUGGAACCAUUUAUAUUGUGUGCUCAUAGGCAAUUAAGUGCGAUGCAUCCUAUUUUGAAACUGUUGGAUCCACACAUGAGGUACACAUUGGGGAUCAAUGCUUUAGCUCGGCAGAGCCUGAUCAAUGCUGAUGGAAUAAUUGAAUCUUGUUUUACUCCUGGUCGCUACUGCAUGGAGAUCAGUUGUGCUGCAUACAGAAACUUGUGGCGCUUUGACAUGGAGGGCCUCCCUGCAGAUCUCAUACGCAGGGGAAUAGCGAUACCUGACCCAACACAACAAAAUGGUCUAAAGCUCCUUAUAGAAGACUAUCCUUAUGCAACGGAUGGGCUUAUGAUAUGGUCUGCAAUUGAGAACUGGGUCCGCACUUAUGUGAACCACUACUACCAUCAUUCAAGCAUCAUGAUUUGCAAUGACAAAGAGCUACAAGCUUGGUACUCUGAGUCAAUCAAUGUGGGCCAUGCUGAUCUCAGGCAUGAAAGCUGGUGGCCCACAUUGAACAAUAGCGACGAUCUUGUGUCUAUCGUCACCACCUUGAUUUGGACAGCAUCCGCACAACAUGCUGCUCUUAAUUUUGGGCAGUACCCUUACGGAGGUUAUGUCCCAAAUCGUCCCCCAUUAACGCGAAGAUUAAUCCCAGAAGAGAGUGACCCAGAAUAUGCCAAUUUCAUUGCAGAUCCUCAAAAAUAUUUCCUAAAUGCGUUGCCUAGCUUGUUACAAGCUACAAAAUAUAUGGCAGUGGUUGACAUGCUCUCUACUCACUCACCUGACGAAGAGUAUUUGGGGGAGCGGCAACACCCAUCAAUAUGGUCAGGUGACGCAGAGAUCAUUGAGGCAUUCUACAGGUUCUCGGCAGAGAUCAGACGAAUAGAGAAGGAGAUUGAGAGAAGGAAUUCUGAUACAGCACUCAGGAACCGUUGUGGUGCUGGAGUCUUACCUUAUGAGUUACUUGCACCUACCUCCCAACCUGGCGUUACAUGUAGAGGGGUUCCUAAUAGUGUCUCUACAUAA